GAGCACCACGCCACGGUUUUUUUGUUUCCCUGCUCUGUCCGCUAGAAAGGAACAAGAGGAGAGCUGCUCAACGCGUGCUUUCAUCCGACUCUCGGCAGAAAUCGGCACACACACACACACACACACAAAAUUGCACUCAAGUCGCAUGAGCACAGUGCAAGAACUUCAGGCGCAGCUGGAUGCGCUGCGAGUGCAGCACGUCAGCGACAUCGAGACUGCACAAGCAGCGUUAUCAAAGCUGCAGGAAGACUUAAACAACGUCCAAGCCGACACGGACAACCUCAAGCAGGAAGAAGCGGAAUUGAAUCAGCAGUUUGGUGAAAGCAAAGAUACCACUGCGUCGUCACAGCAGAGCCCAUAUAAAGAUAUUGUUGUGCAGGUCCUGCACGGCUUAGUGCAUUGCGAUGAAAGCAAGUGUAGCAGCUCAUAA